AUGGCCAGUAGUCCCCUCCUUAGCGCUAUUUGCCGAUCGCUGGGCUUGUGUCGCCGUUCCCUUCCGGUCUGUUCCCGAAAUGUGAUCGUCAUCACAGGCUGCGAUUCUGGUCUGGGCCAUUCGCUAGCUGUCUACUGCCACAACGCGCUUAAUAUGACCGUCGUCUCCUGCUGCCACAAUCUGUGCUCGGAGGGCGCGCGACUGUUGAAACAGCUGAAUGGAGAGGAUCAACAGCAACGGAUGCAUAUCUACGAGCUGGACUUGCUUCAGCCCGCCUCUAUGGAGAGGGUCGAGAAAGAGCUGGUGUCUCUAUUGGACAGCGACGAGGAUUAUGUGUUCACCGCUCUGGUCAACAAUGCUGGUGUUAUGUGCUUCGGAGAAUUCGAGUGGCAGACGCCGGGGCAGGUGGAGCACUGCAUUGGAGUCAAUGUUCUAGGAACCAUGCGUCUUACCAAGCAGCUGCUACCAUUGGUCCGUCAAAAACGCGCUCGCAUCAUCAAUGUAACCAGCCACUGUGGACUGCAGGCUUUGCCAGCCCUUGGGCCCUAUGCCGCAUCGAAGGCCGCCUUGCGUUUCUGGAACGAUGCCCUACGCAUGGAACUGCAGCAGUAUGGCGUUGAAGUGAUUAACUUUGUGCCCGGCUCCUUUGUAAUGGCCAGCAAUAUAGCUGCUCGCCAGCAGGAUCAGGCUUUUGAAAUGUUCGCGGCAUUCAAUGAAGAGCAGCGCAACCACUAUGGUGCCUAUUUUAAGGAGUUUAACACAUAUCUGCGCAUCCUCUCUGGCUUUAAGGCGCCCAAUCAGUUUCAGGACGAGCAGCUGCUCAGUAAAUUUCGCGAUGCCCUCACCAGUAGGCAUCCCAAAGCAUUGUAUAUCCACGAGCCCUGGCGUUACAAGAUAUAUCGCUGGUUGUUUCGACUUUGUCCCACCCCUUUAGUAGAUUGGUUGGCAGUGCAAUUCUGUGCGAUGCCCAGCUACCGAUCUGUGACCGAUCGAAAGCACAGCACCUAGCUAUU